UCAUCCAUCAGUAUAGUUGAGAGAUGGAGGGACCUCAGGGGCAGAAGUCUGCUAUCGUUGUCGGUGCUGGCGUUGGUGGUGUGGCAACGGCUGCCCGCUUAGCUAAAGCAGGGCUGAAGGUUACAGUCGUCGAGAAGAAUGGUUUCACAGGAGGCCGAUGUUCCUUGAUCUAUUAUAAGGACUAUCGGUUUGAUCAAGGGCCGUCUUUCCUUUUGCUUCCGGAUUUCUUCUACGAGACUUUCCAGGACUUGGGCACAAGCAUUGAAGAUGAAGGCGUUGAAAUGUUACAAUGCCCUCGCAAUUACAAUGUGUCGUACAGCGAUGGUCAAUUUGUUCAUCUUAGUACGGACCUUGCCCGCAUGAAGGCCGAAAUCGAAAAAUGGGAGGGAAAGGACGGAUUCGAACGCUAUCUUGCUUAUCUUCAAGAAGCUCAUCGUCAUUACGAGCUCAGUGUGAAAUUUGUACUACGCAAGAAUUUUACCUCAAUCUUCUCAAUGCUAAGGCCGGGGUUUGUAAAAGCGUUCUUUGAUCUACACGUGCUUCAAAGCAUAUACACGCGUGCCUCAAAGUAUUUUUGGACAGAACGGUUGAGAAGGGCAUUUACGUUUUCGAGCAUGUAUCUCGGAAUGAGCCCAUUUGACGCACCGGGCACGUACAGCCUCUUGCAAUAUACCGAGCUUGCAGAGGGUAUUUGGUAUCCGAAAGGUGGGUUUCACAAGAUAGUCGAUGCAUUGGUAAAUUUUGGAAAGAGGUCCGGAGUCGAAUUCCGCAUGUCAAGUCCAGUCAAGUCAAUUUUGCUAUCUGCCGAUCAGAAACAAGCAAAAGGCAUUAUUCUCGAGAGCGGAGAAGAGUUACACGCAGACAUUGUAAUUGCCAACGCCGAUCUAGUCUAUACGUACAACAACCUCCUACCUUCAUCAGACUAUGCAAAAUCUCUCGAAAAGCGCCCGGCAUCAUGCAGCAGCGUCUCGUUCUACUGGGCACUUGACCGAUGUUUUCCCGAAUUAUCAAUCCACAACAUUUUCCUCGCCGACGACUACAAGGACAGUUUCGACGAAAUUUUCAAGGAGCAGACCUUGCCCAAGGAGCCAUCAUUCUACAUUAACGUACCAUCGCGAAUCGAUCCAACUGCUGCACCCGAAGGAAAAGACUCUGUUGUGGUACUUGUUCCAGUCGGUCACCUUGUAGACGACGACCAGCACGAUGACUCCGACGACGCGAAAGGUCGUCCAGGUCUUCAUGUACGAAGAAAACAAGACUGGGAAGCAAUGAUCUCAAGAGUCCGCACAUUUAUUCUCAAGACCCUUGAACAGCGACUUAACAUCUCACUCUCCGAGCACAUUGUCAACGAAUACGUCAACAGUCCACAGGACUGGAAAGAACGAUUUAAUCUCGACAAAGGAGCCAUUCUAGGCCUCAGCCACAGCUUCUUCAAUGUACUCUCUUUUCGUCCAAGGACACAGCAUCCCUCAAUUAAGAAUCUCCACUUUGUGGGAGCAAGUACGCAUCCAGGCACAGGAGUCCCUAUCUGUCUUGCCGGCGCCAAGCUCACGAGCGAACAAGUUCUUGGACGACUAGGUAUACGAGUUCCUUGGGAAGUAGACGCGAGUGUGGAUAAAGUACGGCGGAAUAGCACAUUGGAUAAAGUGCAUCCUGCCAUGCCAGGUCAUGUCAUUUCUGUCAUUGUACUUCUUUUAGCGAUCUUGUCGGCCAUACUUUGGAUGCGCGUUUGAAGAUUUGGGCUUGACAACUCCGAGUUUGGCAAAGAUGUAUCAUGGAUUUGUCUAGAUAUCGCCAGCACGCAUGACGAUUUUAGUUUAAGUGUGCAUUGUCAAGAGUUGGAUUUAUUACUGAGACAAUCCUCACAUCUCAAUCCUCACAUCCUCAUCGCGUUUCCUUGGCAUAGCCCCAUAUGGAGCUUGACUACAAAUAAUC